AAUAACCGAAGCGGAUUAAAGCACACAAAAGAAAAAACAAACUGCAUCUGGAAAAUAUUCAAGCUGACCCAAAUAAAAAAAAAAAAAAAAACAAUUAAAAUAAAUUCGUUAGCCUUUGUGAAAUGUUCUGCUGCCUGCGCACGUGCCUCAAUGGGGGGCAGCUGCGAAAGCCAACGUCAGCUGCGCAUCGUCUUAGGGAGCCCGAAGUGCACCUGGAUGCGGCACAUAUGGGCCCUGAUGUCAUAUUGCUAUCGCAUCAGCUGCGUGUAACGGGCACAGGCGGUGUACUAGCCACUGCACCCCUGGUGCAGUCCAAAUCCUACUUCGAGGUGAAGAUCCAACAGAGCGGCAGCUGGUCAAUUGGCUUGGCCACGCGUCAGGCGGAUCUGACACGCAAGUGGGGCGGCGGGGAUCGCGAAUCCUGGUGCCUGUGCUCCGACAAUGCAACACGCCACAACGACGAAGAGUUCCGACCCGUUGUGGCCAACUGCAAACAGCCAACGGCGGCCGCCAAAACACCCGCCGCCCCGGUCACAUCCACUGCCAAUGGUAUAUUGAACAAUAGCGCUGCCGCUGCAGCGGGCCUGAUCGCCAUUGAGGAUCUGCAGGAGGAUCUGCUGAUGACCACUGGCGUUGAGACGGCGCCCGAGCUGAGCCCGGUGGAUGCUUUGAUCAGUGCACCGCAACGUGACUAUCCCGACGAGGGCGACAUACUGGGCGUGGCCUUCGAUCAUGUCGAAUUGAAUUUCUAUUUCAAUGGCAAAAAUCUGGAAGUGCCUUUUCGCAAUGUACGCGGCUCGGCCCUGUUCCCGGUCAUCUACGUGGGCAAUGGCGCCAUACUGGACAUUAUUCUGGAUAAUUUUACGCACGGUCCACCCUCGGGAUUUGAGCGCAUUUUACUGGAGCAGUCACUACUUUAGAGCAUCGGCUCAAAGUCACAUGCCAUGAACAAAAUAAGCAGGCUAAGGGUUUUCUACUGCCAGCUCCUGCUUCAAACGUAUUGAAAAUUAUUUCUAGUCCCGCAGUUGACGCCAUGAAUCGAUUCUCAAAUCAAAUGAAAAAUCAAAGGCUCGUUUUCUCUAAGUCCGUUAAGCUUUCAAUUUUUAUCUGAUUGUUCCCAUUGUAGACCAGCACUCAACUUGCGCUUAAUUAUCUGUCGAACCAACUGCUAAUUAUUCAGUCCUAGUUUUUCUACCAUUUAUUUUGUUUUGUGACAAUUCUGUUUUUUCCUCUACUGUGUUCCCUCAAGGUAUAAUAUGCAUAUGUAACAGUUAUUUUGUUUGGUGCCUUUAAAGCAAGAUAUUUGGUAGUUAUCUUAUAAACACCCGCGUCAGCUAGUAUUUAAUCCCCAUUAAUACCCUAGCAUUUGACAGGCAGAAGGAUAAUCUCAUUUAUCGAGCGUCAAAACAAAUAAAUAGCAGUACAUUUAUAUAGGCCAGUGUUGAUAAACACGUGCUUGAUCUGACUGUUUUAACUUUUGGCAACACAAAUCUUGAAAAAACGAGCAUAGAAAUAAAAAUGUCCAAUCAAUCAACAAUUUCAAAGCAAUUCCCACACAUUUCUUAUUAAUUAAGGAGUAAAUACUUUAACCAUAGCAUAUGGAAAAGUUAUUUCACACAAUGUUGCGUAUUAUUUCCAUUUUUUAAUGUAUGUUUUGUAAAUGAUUAAGACGUAGCUAGAACUUGCGACUGCUUUGUAUAAUACACCACUCUAUAGACUAUAUUAUAAUAAAUAUUAAAUUUUCUUUCGUA